GAAGGCGGCGGCGGCGGCGAGGAUGGCGGCCCCGGGGGGCUCCCGGCGCCGCGGCGGGAAGAAGCGCCCCUGACGGGACUCGCGCUAUGCGCGCAGAACAAUGACUUCAGAAGAGACAUUGUGGCCUGUCCCAAUGAAAGCUAUUGGAGCACAGAACCUACUGACAAUGCCUGGAGGUGUUACCAAGUCAGGAUACCUGCACAAAAAAGGAGGAACGCAAUUCCAGCUCUUAAAAUGGCCACUGAGGUUUGUGAUUAUCCAUAAGGGAUGUAUUUACUACUUUAAGAGUAGCACUUCGGCAGCUCCUCAGGGUGCCUUCUCACUGAAGGGCUAUAAUAGGGUUAUGCGGGCAGCAGAAGAAACAACAUCAAACAAUGUAUUUCCUUUCAAGUUGGUUCACAUUAGCAAAAAGCAUAGGACCUGGUUUUUUUCUGCCGCCUCUGAAGAUGAAAGAAAGGACUGGAUGGCCUCACUUAGAAGAGAAAUAGAUCACUACCAUGAGAAGAAGGAAACUGUUACUGACUUAAGUGAUUCUGGUUCAGAUGUUGACAGUUUCUAUGGCUCAGUAGAACGACCUGUUAAUAUACACUACUCUCAACAUUCAAUGGAAAAUUCGGAUUAUGACCAGGAUGAAGAUGAUGAAUAUUUACAGCCAGAUAACUCUGAUGGUAUAAAGUGUGAAGAUCAUGUGGUAUCUCCACCAGUGUACCCACCUCCUCCAGUUCCAUUGCCGGGAAAAGCUUUCUUUCCAGAGACAAAAGCACACUCGUUCUCCGGCAGGUGUGGUGUGCCGGUGCUUCCAGCGCCCUCCCUGAAGAAAAGCUUAACGGAUGUGAGGCCUGAAGUCCUCUUAAGCAGGAGAGGAGAAUUCUCUUUUCAGUGCCAAGCAGAGCAUGAUGUGAGACCCCACCCAGCACGUCAUCAAAUCACUAACCAGCGUCCACCAGUGCCUCCUAUUCCUCUGGCCAAAAAGCCCACCUACCUCACAGAGAGUUGCUCUUCCUCAGGUAUACGUCUGCCACUGACCUGCACUUUACGUACUGCUGAAGAGAGUCAGAGGUUUAAAGAGAAAAAACUUCCUGCGCAAGUGCCUCCUUCAUUGCCAAGCAGCAAGCCCAAAUUACCACAGUAUCUAGUGACUCCACUGGUAAAUACCCAGGCACCAAGGAAACCUGGACUUUUGACACCAAAAGUACCAGCUAAGCCUCAAGUGCCUUGUGAGAAACCACGUGUGCCUGUUUCUAAACCAGAGAAUCCUUUGCCUCCACAUUUAGACUCUGCUUCUCCUAGAAGAUCUUCUCCAGAUGGACAAAGUUUCCGAGUUGCCUCAUUUGAGAAUCCACUAUUGCCUUCAAAACCAGACUUAUCUGGAGAAGAGUCUGAUGGUGACUAUGAAAAGGUUGAGCUGCCUAAUUCAGUAUUUGUGAACACCUCUGAAUCCCUUGAAGUUGAAAGGAUGUUCAGAUCAGAAAACCCCACAGGACACCCGAAAAGUGGAUUAUUCUGUAUUAGGAAUUCAUCCACAAAUCCUGGCAAGGUAUUGGUUGUAUGGGAUGAAUCUAUUGGGAAAGUGAGAAACUACAGAAUCUUUCAACAGGACUCAAAGUUUUACCUGGAGGCAGAUGUUGUGUUUCUAAGCCUUGGAAGUCUGGUUGAGCACUACGGCAGCCAUGUCUUGCCCAGCCACCGUAAUCUGGUCCUCAAAUUUCCUUACGGCUAUUCUGGACCCAGGUGACAGACCUACCUAAUCCACUCUCGCUCUAACACAUAAGCACAGUUAUGGAAUCCUAGGACACAACUGUUGACCUUCCUCAUUAAUGAAUGGUUAUAGACUGAUAUCCCCUCCCCCUCCCCCUGUGCUUUUCAUAAAGAGUCUGGACCAAUUUCAGAAGAGGGCUGAAGACACCUCCUAACUUGAAUGGGUCAUAUGGACAACUAACAGAGCUACUAAGAGACAUGCCUGGAAGCAAAGUACUAAUGGCUUCUUGCUAUGUGUUUUCCUGGCUGGUUUUUGACUCAUCACUGGUGCUUGACAAAGUUUUUAAAUAGUUUAUAAUUUAGCUAUAAAUAACACAAAACUCCACCAUAAUACAAACCAUGCAUGAAUGUGCUUUGUCACUUUUGCUUUGUCACAAUUGUGAUAUUUUAAGGGCAUUUGGACCCCCUAGGCCUCUAGACCCUCACUAUAAUUGUCAAAGUAAGCACCAGUCUCUCUCACUCUUACACACAUCACACAAUAUUGUUGUAUUUUGCUCUGCUUAAUGAGUUACAAAGCACCUCUGUGCAAGGGUAACUGUGUGAAAAUUCAGCUGACGCCAAAUUGUAAUUUUGGAAAAAAUCUACCAGGAAUAUUGAUGUAUAUGCACUUUUUGAUAUUAUCACCAAAUAGUUAAGUUAAAGAAAUGUGUUGACCAUAUGAUUAACCAUAAGUAUUAACCCAAUGAAUAAAUAGAAUGGCAACUUGUUUUUAACAUGCAAAUUAAUGUGAAAAAUAAGGGGUUUUAAAUGUCCUAUAUUUCAUUAUUUUUAUAUUGUAAGAACUAUACCAAUGAACUAUGGCUCUUAUGAAAGAAGAACUCUACUGAACAGGGUUUAUAUAAAGAUUUCUCAAUCUGUGA